AUGGCGAGCAAGUAUGCAUUCUCAGGCACGCUCAAAGAGGUACGCAGACACUCUCAACCUUCAUCACUCACCAUCCAGCUCAGAUUCCACUUCUGCCAGACAAGCGAAGCAAGCACAGGACUCAAGCAGUUCCUACAAAAGGCAUAUCCAGUCAUGAAGAAGCACAAUCCAAGCACACCGUUGCUUGUGCGCGAGGCAUUCGGCACACCACCCAAGAUAUGGGCGCGAUACGAGAAGGGAAGAGAGGUGAGUGUCAGUGUUGAUGGACUCAGCACGGCGGAAGUGGAGAAGCAGGUACAAAGUCUGGCGCAGGCAUCAUCAUGA